AUGUUGCUUGAACUGACCGUGCCAGCAUCAAGCAUCCCUGACGGAUGGAUGGGGUUGGAUAUUGGACCUGAUUCCAUCAAAACAUUUGGUGAAGCAUUGGACAAGACUCAGACCGUCAUUUGGAAUGGACCAAUGGGUGUGUUUGAGUUUGAUAAGUUUGCAGUAGGAACAGAGGCUUACCGGUUAGUUCUUCUUGUAGAUGCUGCUGUUGUCAUAACCAGAAUACCAAGCCAAGAGGAACCAGUACAGCUUUUAAUAUCAAGAAGCAUGGACGUGCCUGAAAAUAGGAGAUGGAUGGAUAAUAGAUUGGAUUGUGAUAGGCAUGUGACUGCAGAAUUCAUUAUAGGAAUUAAUGAUUUUAUUAAGUAUGCUUGUGAACAAGAUCAAUUUGUUGCUGGAGGUCAGAAAAUCAGGUGCCCUUGUAAGAAAUGCAAGUGCAUGAGAUUUCAAGAAACAGACUCGGUGAAAGUCCAUCUAUGUAUGAAAGGUUUCAUGACUAAUUAUUACCAUUGGACAAAUCAUGGAGAACCUAUUCCUCAAAUGCCCCCAAUGGUUGAUGAUCACUCUUACUACGGUAAUAGUGGGCCAAGGGAAAUGUAUAAUACUUAUGAGCAGUUGGUGAUGGAUGCUGCUGGACCAGUAGUUGGUAACUAUCUUGAGCAAGAGGACAUGAUGACCGAAGAUCCUAACCCUGAAGCAUCUCAAUUCUUUAAUUUGCUGAACGCUGCAAAUUCUUCUCUGUGGGAUGGUUGUGAUAAAUAUUAUAUGCUGUCAGCUUCUCUAAAAGCCCUAAGUUUGAAGGCAGACUAUGGUUUAUCUGAGGGGUGCUUUAAUGAAUGGGUGCAAUUUAUGGGUGAUGCAAUGCCCGAUGGUAAUUGUAUGCCUAAAAAUUUAUACCAUGCGAAGAAAUCAGUUGUUGAACUAGGGCUAGCAUGUGUGAAGAUUGAAUGUUGUCCGGGGGGUUGUAUGUUGUAUUAUCAAGAAGAUGAGAUGCUGCAAAGUUGUAAGUUUUGUAAGGAGAAGCGAUAUAAAGAGGUAAAGAAACAAGGUAAGGUAAAGUUGGUGCCGCUGAAAAAUAUGUGGUACUUCCCGCUUGUUCCAAGGCUACAACGAUUGUAUUCUUCAACACAAACAGCUAGUCAAAUGAGAUGGCAUCAUGAGCAUCACAGGGAGCCAGAUAUCUUGUCUCAUCCAUCAGAUGCAGAAGCUUGGAUUCACUUUGAUAAAGUCAAGGAGAACCUUUCUUUUGCUAAGGAACCCUGA